AUGAAUUCUUCGCAAGAUCCGUUAGUCCUACUCAGGCAAGCAAUCUCUUCAGAUAGCCCCUGUAUACCCACAGCUAGCGCCGACGCGAUAACCAAUUCGAGCCUCGCAACAGCCGCAUUCCUUCACUUUACGUCGCCAGUCCAGCUGUCACUUCCACUUUCUACACCGACGCGUUUUAUAUCGAAAGGCAAACCUGUGAAUCUUCGGAGUAUAUACUUUGCUUGGUUAAAGAAGGAUACCACUCCUUCGGAAUACAAUGCUGGGGUACAAGCCUUGAAUGCGGAGUUGACUGAGGCUGGGAGUACGAGCGAACUGGUGGAGGGGCUGUCAUAUGUUGAACGUAUCGAUUUGACGACCUAUCUGGAAGGUGGAACAGAAGAGAGCGAGUAUAUCAAGGCCUUGCCGGCCGAUACUUCAGCUGCUCUAGCUUCGGCGCAAGUCGCGUCUGGCGCAGCAGGCGGAAUUGCGCCUGUUACAAGUGGUCUCGCAGGACGACAGGGAAAAGACAUUGACCCGAGACUCCAAGAGAUAUACAAUGGAGAGAGGCGGAUGGGUGACCGCAAUAGUGUUCUGCGUGGGAUCAAGCCAACCGAUUUCUCUCAUGUCCGAAAGAUGGCGGCACCUUUCACUGCCCGAAAAGCCGCACAAGCUGCUCAAGCUGCGAAAAAUACAACGCUAGCUCAGCAUCCAAAAGCGCCAGUUAGACGACCCGACCCUAUUAUCCUUCUUUCGCCGUCAGCCUCGUCCCUUCUCCGUAUGUCGAAUAUCAAGUCGUUUAUGGAAAAUGGGGUCUAUAUUCCACCUGAAUCGUCUAGCGCCACGUCAAGUUCUUCCGCCUCUAUUCUGCACAUCACUCGCCUCCUCCCUGGCAUUGAUCCUGCUCGUCCCAUGCGCUUCAUUAUUGUAGAUACCCCUGAGCAAUUCAAGCCUGAAUACUGGUCUAGGGUGGUUGCCGUUUUCACGACUGGUCAGGUUUGGCAAUUCAAGAGCUACAAGUGGCAGGAGCCCACCGAGUUAUUCAGACAUACAUUGGGCGUCUACCUAGGAUGGAGAGGCGACCAGCUGCCGCCUACGGUCAAAGGAUGGGGUCGUGGUGUUUUAGCAGCGCAGGUUGAAAAAUGGAGUCAAGGAGCCAGUCAUGCGAGCCGAUGGCGAGAUCGCGAAAUUGUGGAAGGCAUUUGGAAAUCUAUUGAAGAAAAUAUGAGGAGCAAGGGGUGGCGGAGAGAUUCUGGUCCUAUGGUUGUCUAA